AUGAAUCCUUUCUAGGAAGAUUUAAUACCAUUUGACAAUUUGAUUGAAGAUUACAAGAAUCAACAUAAUAAGGGACUCAAGACUCUUUACUCUAAACAUUUGUUUACCUGCUUUAAUCCUCAAAAUCAAAAUUAGGUUAUCACACUUAACUAUAAUCACUACCCGAAGGAUACUAACUAUAAAUCAUUAAAGCCCAAACCAGCUGAAGACAAGGACAAAGAAAAAGAAAAAAACCCUCAACCAUCAGAAGAACAAAAUGAAAAAUCCUAGAAUUCAGGAUAAAAUUCAUAUUAAUCAGAAUAAGAAAAUAAAAGAAUACUCAGAGAAUCAGCUAAUUCUGACAUAGGUUGUUUAGUAGAUCACACUCUCAAUGAAGAUGGAAUAGUUCUAAAAAGAAACAAGGAUUUUCAACAUUUUUUGGAAUUCGAGAUAGACCCAAGCGAACCGAAAUACUCCUAUUCUGUAUCAAUUUGGGAGUACAAUGAUAAAAUUCAUUCUACAAAGUUGAGAGAAUUUUGUUUUAACGGAUCACCAUAUGGAUUAAAUAACCAACCGAUUUCAAAUUCAGCUCUUAUAUUUGGGUCAUAAUACUUGUAUGUUUGCUAAAAUGGAACUCAUAAUUUCUUUGACAUAAAUACUUGGGAUAUUGUAUGGAGCUUUGAUUUGUCUAAGAAUGUCUCUUCAUUAGAAACGUUACACUUUUAAAGCGGUGAUUCAGAAAAUUAAUCUGUAUACAUCAUUAGUGAUAUAGAUAAGAACAAGAUAAAUCAAGUUUAUAAAGUUUAAUUCAAGGAAAAAAUUAACAACUUAAUAAAUGAAAACAAUAUAUAUUCAACUCUAGAUAACCAAUAAUUAAAAGAAGAAUCAUCACUUGUAUUCAACAAAAACCUCUCAUUUUACGCAAUCAUAAACAGAGAUUAUGCUUGUUUUUAUGAAAUUAAGGAUUAGAAAUCAGUAAAGAUAGAAGACACUGAAAGUAAAAAUUGGAGCUAUUGCCUCGGGAAAAAAUCAAUAAUCAAUUUAGAACUUCAUCCUAAGUCAUACAGAAAAGGAGAUGUUAUACUUGAUUAAGAAAGUUUCAGAGUGAAUACUUCUCAGGUAGCAUAUCCUUAUGUUGCCAUGUAAAAAGGAAAUCAUCUUUUAAUUAUGUAAAAUUGCAUGAAGCCAGACGAAAUCUUUUGGAUGAAAUUUAAGCAUGAUAAAGAUGAUAAAGUUGAAGAGGGGGGUUUCUUCUCCCUUCGGUUGGGGAACACUUAUGUUUUUGAUCAUAGCUAUUUUCUAUGCUCUGAUAAACUUAGCAUGAGAAAUAUAAAUUAUUUUGUCUCUGAAGAUACUCCUUAUUUAUUGAUUUAUCAAUCCUUAGAUAGGCUUACAAUCUAAGGACUCGAUCCUGAAAAGCAUCCUAACUAUGUUCCUACAGUUUUUGAAAAAAUUCAUCCGAAAGUACCUUUCUUGAUGAAAAAAUUUACGGUUCCAGUUAAUGGUUCCAACCAAAAAUACAGAGAAUACAAUAAUUUUUUGUUUAUACAAGAGAUUGAUGAAAAAUUAGCUCUAAUAAGGGGGGUUGUAAAAAAAGUAGAUGAUAAAUUGUUUUGUGUGUAAACUAUUGAUGCGAGAGAACCUGAAAAAAUAUCUUCGAUGGAUAUCAAUGAAGCUAAAUUAUAUUUGUUUUACACAACAGGCGAAGUUGACAUUUACGAACUUACUCUUGAUGAAGCAAAAUUUGAGAGGACAAUAAGUAAACUUGAGUUAAGCCUUGAUAAUCAAAGUCUAUGCAAAUAAAGACUUGUCUUAUCUGAAAACUGCUUGCUUGAAGGAAAUAAGAUUUUCCAAAAUCCAUUCAACAGUCAAUAAUUGAUUUAAGAAGAUUAUCAUUCAGUUGAAUUAUUUACUUAGCAGUAACACUCUAAAAUUUAAAAGAAGUUUAAGCCUAAACAGGUAUUGGCCCAGGAUGAAAUUAAAAAGUUAUUUGUCUUUGGUAAUUUCAAAGGCAUAAAACAAUUUUAAGAUUAUGAAAAUCCGAUAUUAAAAAUUGAUAGAGAACUUAAGAAGUCGCAAACAAAACCUAACUCUAUAAAUCAAGAAAACGAAGAUAACCUUAAAAAUUCUAAAUGGAGACAUGAUAAUUCUGCACUUUUAGUGAAUACUUUUGAUGGUUUGCUCUCUAUGGAAAAGGGUCAUUUGGGAUCAUUUUAAAAUAAUUAAAUAACACCGUAUGAUAAAUAUGCCAGUAUUCGACCAAGAAUAGUUAUUAUUCCAAAUCCAAUAUCAAGAAACUUAUAUUAUGAGACAGGUACUUAUUUCAACGAUUUUGAUUGCACUUAUAUUGAUGAUAACUUUAUAAUGACUAAGAAAUAUUUUGAAGAUGGUGUCAAUAUAAUACACAAAUUCCUUUCUUUUGAAUACAAACUUCAUCUCAACUAUGAUUACAUUCAUUACUAAACAAAGCAAGAGAUGGUAGGACCAUUUAAAAGUAAAAUUAAGAUGUUUAAAUUAUCAGAAAACAUGCAAUAUAUGCUAUUUUCGAAUAUCAAUUGUAUAGAUACCUAAGUGGAAAGUUCAGAAAAGAUUAUGUUACUUUACAAAAUUGAAUAAUCACAAACAUUCAAAGUACCCACUUUGAGACUAGUCUAUAACUUUUAGAAAACUCAUAUGCUUAUUGGCUACUAUAAUUAUAGGAAUGUUAAUUUCCUGAGUUAACCAGUUGUUACAGAUAAUGGAGAUUAUGUAUUUAUACAUACAAUAGGCAGUGAAAGAGAUUAUAUAGAUAAAGAAAUAGUCAAAUAGCUUUUUAUUAAGAAUAAUGAGCCAUAUGACAAAUCUGUUCUUGAAAGAUUUGAUCUAGUUGAGAGCAAAUUAAAAAAUAACGAGCUGUUGCCUGUUAAAAAUUACUAAAUAGUUGGAGAUAUGCUAUUUAUUAUUGAAGAUCAUAUAAUUGAAUAUGCUAAAUUGUUUCCUAGUGCAUAGGAGAGAACAAAAAGGGCAUAAAGAAUUAAUCUAAGUCCAAGCUUUGAAAUGAAGGUAAGAAGAAUAACUGCAACAUCAAAUUAAAAUGCAAUUCAAAUAGUAUUUACAGAUGAUAAAUAAGGGCUUUCAAUAGUAACUUGGGAUUUGAAGCUGAAUAGAGAAAUAAAAUCUUUUAAUUUGGUAAUUCCUGAUGAUCCUGUGAUUUCAAAAUAUUUAUAAGAGAAUUGUUAAAUAUGGGUAGACUUUAUGUUUAGAGGAACUGGAAAGAACUAAAAUAACUAUUUUUUGACUCCAGAUAACUAUAUCUACGAUUUAACUUUCGGACUUCCGAUUUCUUAGUUAAAAAAUUAUCCUUAUUAGAACAAAUUAAGUAUGUCUACUAACUUUGCAUACUUAACAGAAGAUUGCAUGAUUUUCUUAACUCCUGGAAAUUUAAUCCAUCAGUAUUCUCUUUAUGAUUUGUUCUUUAUGAGAAAUAAAGUUUAAAACCCUAAAGCUAUUGAGUUUAUGAGAGUUUAAAAUAUGGACUUGGAUACAUUUAACAGAAGAUACCCAGUUGCGAAGAAUAUUUUCCACUAAUUUUCACUCAACUCACAUUUUCUAUCCUUAGUUCAAGAAAAGUUGAGGCUGGAGUAAUAAGAUGAUAAUCACAAAAAUCUUUCUAUGCUUCUAUAUAUUUUGUCUCCAAAUGAUUUUAAAGUAACUCCUUUCGAUCAUGCAGUGAAAGCACUGAGUUCAAGAAAUGUAGAACUAAUGCUUUCUAUGGUGUCUUCAUCAUAAAUUCAAAAUACCUCAAAUUACUUGAAAUAGCAUUUUUCCUCAUUAAUAUCAAUGGAUAUAGAGGCUUUUGUUCAAUAUCUUGAAGAUGCAUUGUCAUUUCCAAUUAGAAUGAAUCAAGGAUAGAAUGUUUAUUGGGAUACUGAUGAAUCACAGAAAUAUUUUGCUACAAAUUCUAACUUUAUAAGUUAAAAAUAAUUGCUAGACCCUUAAUUACAUGAGCAUAAUUUUAAACCUCAAAGUAAUAUUAAGGAUAAAAAAAUUGAUCAAGCUAUUCCAAAACAAGCUAAGAGAGCAGUAAGCAAAGAUUUUAAUCCAAAUCAACUUGAAUGGUAUUAGGAUAUUCCAAAGAAUACAAUUGUAUCUUAAUCUAAGCUUGCAAGAGCCGAAGUAAAGCUACUAUCAUUUGAUUGGAUACUUGACAAUACUCAAGCCCUCAAUUUCUUUACAAUCCUAGCCAAUUCUGGAAAUAGCAAUCUUUUCACUAUUCAAAGCAUAAAAGUUAUUGUACUUUAUUACUGGUAAAACUUUUUUUAUCAAAUUAGAAACAAGGUGUUCUUCCCUUUUAUUGCUUAUCUUGUAUUUUUCCAGGUUUAUGCAACUUAUAUUUAUGAGAAAAAUCAAGAGAGAAUUGAGCAAAAUAAGAUAGAUUCAGCAGGAACCUCAAAAGAGGGUCUUGCUUAUUUUUACGAGCUUGAUAAGUUUUUCAUUGCUAUGAUUAUAAGUUUUAUUUGCUAUUUUGGUUUCUUAGAGGUGAACUAAAUAUAUAUGAUGAGAGCCAGUUAUUUCAACUCAAUCUGGAGUUUGUUUGAUUUGAUAUCAAUAAAUCUGAACAUAGCUUAUAUUGGAUGUUGUAUUGCUGAUAUUUAACCUACUAAGUUGAGACCUUUAGCAGCAAUAGCUGUAUUGUUUAUGUGGAUUAAAUUCUUUUACUUUUUAAGAAUAUUCAGAUCAACAUCUUCACUAAUUAGAAUGAUAAUGGAAAUUUGCAAAGAUAUGGCAGCUUUCUCGCUUAUUUUAUUAAUUGCUAUGGUGGGAUUUGCAAAUGUGCUUUAUAUUUUAGCAAUAAAUGUAGUUUCAGUAGGAGAAGGAGAGGAACUUUUUACUGGAUCUAAUUUCUUACUUGCUAUAAUAUAUUCAUUUAGGUUAGGAUUGGGCGAUUUUAGUACUGAAGGAUUUGGAGAAACAUAUGAUUAAAUUAUAUGGAUAGUAUUUUUAUUGGAAGCAAUGCUAAUUCAAAUUGUUUUGCUUAAUCUUUUGAUUGCUAUUAUGGGAGAUACUUUUUCAAAGGUAACAGAAAUUUAAGAGUAACUUAAAUUGGAGGAAAUUUGUAAGAUAAUAGUUGAUAACAGACAUAUAAUAACUCCAUCAAAGGAAUUGAGUAACGGUAGAUAUAUUGCUGUUGCUACUCUUGAGACUAUUGCAAAUUAACAAGGUGCAUAAUGGGAAGGUCAAGUUAGUGCCUUAAAGUAUCACAUCUAGAAUGAAGAGAAAAAAAUAAUCAAAUACUUUAAGACUCUAAUAAGCGGAAUUAAAAUCAAAAGCGUUAAAUGA